AUGACAAUAGCGAUACCGGGUUUGAAUGGGCAAUUAAGUUCCCUCCCAAUCCAUGAAUGCAGGGAACACUGGACAGAGCUAGACACUAGUAUAUCUCGUAGAACUACCAUGGCAUCUGUUCGACAGAGGAAGCUUCUAGAAGAGAAUGACGUCUCUAGAAGCGAUUCUUCACCGUCCUCCAGAUCCCCCAGGCCCCGAGCAUCUGGAUAUUGGAGGAAAAAAUUCUUUUUUCUUCUAGGAUUUGGCCUUGUUAGCACGUUUUUUAUUGGUGAGAAAAACUUAAAACUUCAUGGGGAGCUGUUUUAUCAAAUAAAACCUGGUCUCUCCUCCUUCGCUGAUAAUCCAGAAAAGGGUGCAGAGCAUUUACAAAUUCUACUUGAAAAAGCGAAAUCUGUGAUACCUAGAGAAGCAUGGGCGGAAACUCCUUUAUCCAUGAAAGCCACUGCCGGCCUUCGACUUCUACCAAAAGAGAAAGCAGAAGCCUUGUUGCGAGAGGUUAGCAAGCUAUUUGCCAACUCCCCAUUCCACACCACAGCCAGUUCCGUAGGCAUCAUGGACGGAGUUGAUGAAGGUCUGUUUUCAUGGUUCACCGUCAACUUCCUUCAAGAUCGACUGGGAGGAGAUGUGGAAAAUACUGCUGCUGCAUUGGAUUUGGGUGGGGGGUCAACUCAAAUAACAUUUGCUCCCAGCAGUGAGGCAACUCUAAAAUCAUCAGACCCUGAAUACCUCUACCAUAUUUCUGCAUUUCACCAAAACAUCACUGUCUACACACACAGCUAUUUGGGACUUGGUUUGAUGGCUGCCCGGAAAGAAAUCUUAUCAGUUGGCAACCCUGCAGAUGCUACUGAACUACACAGUGAAUGUAUUAACCCAAUAAUAAAAACAGAAUGGGCUUAUGGAGGGAAGACCUAUAAAGUUCUGGGUUCAAAAAAUCCUUUGUACCUCGAGAUCAAAGGAAAUGCUAAUCGUAUUCCUGAAAAGAAACCUGUUGUGAGAUUUGAAGAGUGUGCCAAGAUAAUCAGAAACUAUGUUAGUAAUAAAGUGGAUAAACCUAAAGAACUUAAUGAGAAAGAAAUUAAUGCUUUUUCCUACUAUUUUGAUAGAGCAACAGAAUAUGGUCUUAUAGAUCCAUUUAAAGGGGGUGUUGUGAAAAUAAAGCAGUUUCAUGAUGCUGCUGUUGCCACAUGUGCAACACCAAACACUGAACAACCCUUUAUGUGCCUCGAUUUAACAUUCAUAUCAGUACUACUCCAGGAUGGAUUUGGACUUAAUCCACAGACAUCUUUAAAUCUUUUCAAGAAAAUUGAUGGCCAUGAAAUCAGUUGGGCCCUUGGGGCCGCUUUUCACAUCCUUCAAAAUGGUCUGUAGUUGUUCUGCACCACCCAUCACAUCAGCAGCCAACACACCUUGCAUAGUGCCUUACGCCACGCUCCCUCGUUUUGCUAUAGUCUGAUAGUUGUAGCUCAGGGUAUGAAGUUUACAUGGAAUUCAUCGUAAGCCAAAGUUGUCUCUUUUCUUUUGAAGUAGCUGAUUGGUACAAAAGGAAAUAAUGUGCAUUUGAAUCUAUCUUUGAGCCACACUUGAGAAAAUGUCUUAAGAGAGCUACUCAGAUAUGUCUUGUUAAAUAAGCGAGUGCGCCUGAAUAAUUUGUAGAGAUUGUUUGUUGAGUGUUGUAGAGUUUGCUAUUUGUUAGCAUGCCUGAAUAGGGAUGGCCAACCUUUAAAUUCUCCUACACAUCCAUUGCAAUAUCUAGGAAAGCAAUACUUUCCAAAAUAUUUGCAAUGUUAUAUACACAUGAAAAUACACUGAACAUGAAGUUCCAGUAAUCUAAACCAAAUUUGACAAGGACUCCAAGGCCACACCAGUUUUUGGAUACAUGCCUUUGUAGCUGAUUAACUGCUGGAGGUGAGGAAAAAGUCAGGUGGUGCCACCUGAGCAAUUCAAAUGUUGCCCCCUUCUCUUCCAUCUCAAUUGAAUAUAAAAAUAUGUUCUAGAAUAUUCUAUAAAUGGUUUUAUUAAAAAUAAAAUGGAAUUAUUUUUCUCUUAGGCGGUUAAAGAAAAUACCAAUGACCAAUUGAUUUUAACAGUACUAAAAUUUAAGAUUGAAAUUUAUUUCUGUUAAAGAUGUUACCUUACCAUUAUAAUAACUUAAAACAAUGAUAAAUUUCUUAAACAAAUUUUUGAUCUUUUUGAUGAUUUUGCACUCUUGCAAUUUAACUCUCUCAGCAUAGGCAUGCACUUUCUAUAACGGGGGGGCUUAAAUUUUGGACCUCUCUGGGUCCCAUUUUCCAUUAAAUUUUUUUAAUGGAAACACUUUUAUAAUUUUAAUCUAAAACUUCAAUUGGUAUCUCUUGGGAUUGAUGACCAGAUGGACCAUGCCCCAUUAACUAUGCCACUGAUUUAUGAGCGUUUUCAUACGUUACUGGUGGUGUUCUGUGCGUGGAAUUUAUUUUACUAAAAGUUCCUUAAUUAUCAAAAAUUCUCAGUAUCUGUGAAACAAACUAAAUUGUUGCCAUCCCUAUGCCUCAUACAAGUGUUGUACACAAAUUAUUACUUGAUACACAUUAUGUGAAUGUCUUCAAGACAUAUUUGAGUACAUUUCCAAAAGUUUUGAUGUAUUGAAUUUUUAAUCCUGUUAAUUUCACCAUUUCGGUUUCUGAUUCCCAUUGGUUUUUAGAGUGAGGUUAUAAAAUUAUUUUGACUUUGAAACAUAGACAGACUUUUCUGAAGAAAUGUUUUGAAAAACUUACUUAAUAGAAUAAUUUGUUCAGAAAACAGUCUCUGUCAUAAAAUUUUUGGAUUGUGUUAUGAAACUCUUCAAGUUGAGGUUCACAGCAGUGAAAAAAACUAAUUUGUACUUUAUGAGGUCGUUCACAUUUCACCUUAUGAGAACCUCUAAUAAAAAUGGAAUUUACUAGUGGAAAUCUUACACUAGAAGAUUAUAAAGAUAAAAUUGCAAUGAUUGAAGAGUUUCCAACAAAAUUGAACCACUCAUAAAACCAUGAAAUCUAUGACCGUCAGCCAUUGCACGUUUGGAUUGUGAAGUUAUUUAUAAGAUUCUUCACAGCAAUAACUAAUUGUAAUGAGACUUGCUAUACUAUUCUAUUUAUGAGUGAAGCCAUAUUUUUUAUGACUUUACUUGAUAUUUCAAUCAUGUUGAAACGUUAAAUAUACAAUCAUCGAAAGCAGAAUGCUUCCCGAUAAUGGCAAAAUGUUUGAAAAAAUGCUGUAGAUAUGUGAAAAAAUAUAUUGUUAUUAUUUUAUUAAAUAGGUUUGUGUAGUUUUAUGAAUAUUUAAUUAAAAUGCUGACAUCACAUAAGUUUCUAGUACAUACUCUUGUAAUAAUUUAAAAAGAUUUGCUGCAUUGAAUGCUCAUGCUCUUGUUGAAAUUAAUUUGAGUUUUUCUGCAGAAUCAAAUAGUUUAAUGCAAUAUCUUGUGUGUGUAUGUAUUUGUGCGUGUGUGUGUGUGUGUGUGGGGGGAAAGGGUCUCUCUCUUCUUUCCAUAGUCUGCAUAGGAAUUAUUGACUGCAAUUAAGGUUAUCAGGAAGUCUUGAGGGUCAGUAAUAUAUCUGUAAGUUACAUCUUUGUUAUGAAGUGGAGAUGAGUGAUUCCCUUAGUUAAUGCUAAAGCAAUGCCUUUUGAAAUAAUCUUUUUUCUCAGAGUACUGUAGUUUGGCAAGGAAAUGCUAAAUAGUUGCACUUUUAAUGGUUUAGCCUGCAGGAAAAAAUUGUAAAUAGAAUAAUUUAUUUUAAGCUACACACAAUUCAUAAUGACUACUUGACCCAAUCUUUUUAUUUCAAUUGUGUCAAUAAGAAAAAUAUUUUGUAACAAAGAUGUCAAUUCCAGCAGAAUUUUUCAGUGUUACUUUACAUACUCUUAGCAGUCUAAUUUACAACUGCAAAUAAGAGUACGAAAAACCAUUUGCCAUGACCAAUUUUAUCUGUACCUAUUGAGAAUAUUCCCCUUGGCUUCGCCAACGUAAAAAAAACAAAAACUGGUAACAUAGAAAUUGAAUUAAUAGUGAUCACUUUUAUCCAUUAUGGUAUUGAUGAUGGCCAAGAUGUUGAAAAGUUUAAUUAUAGGUAAGAUUGAAAAUGACGAAAAUUGUGUUUCACUGGCACAUCAACAUUUAAUUAUAAAACUUUGGUGCAGAGUUUCAGAAUUAGCUUCUUUAAAAUUCAUCUUGUUGACAUAAACAAAUUACUGAAUAAUUUUGUUGUGGAAAAAGUUGAUAGGGACAUCUUAUUCUUUUAAUAUCCUCUUGUUAUUAUCUGUUGAAAAAGGUGAAUUUUUAGUGAAUAUUCUAACUCAUGGUCAAGGCUUUUUCAGAAAUAUGCAGAAGUGACCAAUAACUUGAUGAGAUUUUCUGUGUUAUAUAAUUAAUUUUUAUAUACUUCUACUUUAUAAUAUAUAUGAAUAUUUUAGAUAGAAAAGAUUAACAUUUCAAAUCAUAACUAUUUGAGAUUUUAGUUUCUUCAAGGUUAGACCUUAUGAUUUCUAGCAGCUAUUUUUUCUAAAAUUCAGUUUUUACUAAAUUUACUUGAACUUGUGUGGUUUAAAAUUUUAAAUUCAGUUGUCCUUUCCUCUGUUCGUGGAGAUAAACUGCAGAUGAAGGAUCUUGAUUUUGAUACCUUAUCUAUCACACUUGUUUUGAGGAUUAUAAUUUUGGAACAAGCAGCAUUUUCCAUUUUGCUGUUAUUUAGAAUGUUAGUUUUAUCUGUGUGGUUGUGAUUUUUCAAAAAGGUGAAACUUGAAUGUUUUGACUUUGGUGCUUGCCGAGAAGUUACAAUAAGUAGAUUCUCCUUUUGUGAUGCAUAUUUGCAGUGAAUUGUUGGGAGACAUUUUAUCGCUGAGUUUAGAAUAAAUGCCAAUUUUUCCUACUACUAAUUUUAUCUGUUUCUUAUGAAAAUGUAUAACUGCAAAUUCUAGCCAUUGCUCAAACCAGUUCAUCUUUCUCUGCUGCUAAUAUUUUUAUGGAGAAUAUGUACAUAACAUAUCGCUAAUAACUUUAUACAAAACAAAUUUUUUAAAACUUGAUGCAAAUUGUUAAUGAUGUUAACGGCUAGUAGAAACCAUUUUUUACAAUCUAUCAGAUUAAGAAGCAUCUUUCAUUGUUAAUUUCACAUAUCUGAUGUUGAUGUAUUUAUCUUUCAGUAAGUUAUGAAAUUACCUUUACAAGGGAAUUCACAAAAUCUAAUACUUUAUCUCGCUAUGUAAGAAUACAAGUUGUUUUCUCAGGUUAUUGAAUAAGUGGAAAGAGUGACCAAGUAAAACAUCAAAUCAGAAGAAUGAGUGAUUUUAACUUAUUCAUACAUUUUAAUCUAACACCAACUGAAAAUGUUUUCUUGAGCUAGUCACUGGGUUGAUAAUAUCACUUGCUUCUUGAUUAUGAACUUGUUAAAUCUAUGGUAAAUCAUGAAGCCUGGUCAUAGUUUUGACCAUUAAGUAUUAAUGUUUUAUGAUAAACUGCAAAAGCUCUCACAUGAAAGUGAUUUGAUUCUUAACAUAAUUUUAUGAUACAAUUUUCAUUUUUAAUGAUUGUUCAUAAAUUCAUUUUCUUUACAUUAAGGAACCUUUAGAUCUAAAUGUAAAGCAUACCCUAAUAAUUGCUAUUAUUACCUUACUGGAGGGAAAGGGGACGUGAAUUACUGCCAUCUGAUGUCACUAUCAGUUCAAGAAGUCCAUUUCACUUUAGAGAGUCAAUCAUCAACAAGCUUUUUAGUUUUCAAGUUCCUCUGCACACAAAACAAUUGUAUUUGAACAUUGCUCAGUGGUUCUGCACCCUAUAUUUUUACUGGCUCAUUUACUAUAAUUGCCUUCAUUUUAUCAUCAAACUGCAUUAUUAAUUUGAUGCAGUAAGAGAAAUUUAAAGAUCAUAAUAAUAAAUAUAUUGCAGUAUUAAUGCCAUAUUACGUAUUAACACGUGAAUAUUCGGUGAUCUAAAGCUUGCAAACAGGUGUCAUCAAUUCAAAUUCAGUUUCAUGGGAGAAACGUAUAAAACAUUAAUAAAAUGCUGCUUCUGUCAAAUGAGAGUUUCACCCAAUGGCUAGUGUAAAUUACGAUCGUUCUUUCUGUUCUAACAAUGAACAGUCUUCCCAUUGCUAAAUAGUAUUGAAGUCAAUAGAUUUCAUAGAUCUCCAUUCCUCUUUUACCAAACUAGUUCCUAUUAUUAAUUUUCUACUAUUUAAUGAGUGCUGUUGUCAUGAAAUUCUCAUUGGUUUCUUUUUAUUUCAAAUAAUGUUCACAUCAUAUAUUAAAGAUGCAUUUUUGUUAUGAAUAUAUCUUUUUCAGCUGUUAAAAGAAGCUGUGAAUUAUUGUUAUUGAAAGAGGUUUCAUUGGAAAUUGAGAAGAUAUGUAAACAGUAUUAUAGAGAAAAAAAAAUUAGGUACAUUUCAGUACUUACCCUACAGUUUGUGAUAAAACUUUUGAAGAUUCUUGCAACCCUCUGGUUGCAUUACCUUCAGAAUAUUUCUUUGGAAUGUGUUAAAUAUUCAUGUUAAUACUAUUUUCAAUAAAGUAUUUUGAAUCAUU